AUGAACAGACAAGCGCAUAAUAAUCCACCAGCCCGAGUAGUAUACCUCGGAUCUAUCCCGUAUGACCAAACCGAGGAACAAAUCCUGGAUUUGUGCUCCAACGUUGGGCCUGUUGUAAAUCUAAAAAUGAUGUUCGACCCACAAACAGGAAGAUCUAAAGGCUACGCAUUUGUCGAGUACAGAGAUCUAGAAGCAAGUGCGAGUGCCGUGAGAAACCUCAACGGCUACCAGCUUGGCAAUCGACACUUGAAGUGCGGAUACUACGGAGGUGGAGAUAUGGUUCUUGGCGGAGCUGGAAACGGUUCAACGCUUCAAAACGAAGAGGAGAAAAAUCCUCUUUUCAUGGGACUGCCGCCUGGCAUUGACGUUAACAUCAAUAUGACGACGCCUGCGAUGAUGAUUUCCAGCGUGCUCGCAAAAGGCUCCAAAGAAGAACAGAUUGACUUGUUGCGAGCUCUACAGAGCAUGGCACAGAAUAAUGCGGAGCAGUUCACCAAUCUGCUGGAACAAUGUCCACAGCUCAGCUUCGUUGUUGCCGAACUUCUGCUGACUACAGGACUCAGCACGGUAGACGAUUUGACGCAGCUAGCAGUACAAAAUAAUUCAACCAAAUCCACACCUGAGGCGGUUCAGGAUCCCAAAAUUCAAGAGCAGCAAAGAGAGCUUCUAAGACAAGUGUUGCAGUUAACGGAUAGUGAAAUAGCCGUAUUACCAGAAGACGAGAAAAUGUCGUUGUGGGAUCUCAAACAAAAAGCUAUGCGUGGCGAGUUUGGUAUGAUAUAA